AUGGCAUAUGUGAAGGUUGUUAAAAAUAAGGCGUACUUCAAAAGAUACCAGGUGAAAUACAGAAGAAGAAGGGAGGGAAAAACGGACUAUAGAGCUAGAAAAGCGCUAAUUUUGCAAGACAAGAACAAAUAUAAUGCGCAAAAGUUGAGAUUCGUUGUUCGUAAAACAAACAAUCAGAUAAUUUGCCAAAUAGCUAGUGCUCAUAUUGAAGGGGAUAAAAUUUUAGCUGAAGCAAAAUCAAAAGAGUUAAUAAGAUAUGGAAUACCAGUAGGACUAAAGAAUUAUGCUGCUGCAUAUGCAACUGGCUUAUUAUGUGCAAGAAGAUUUUUAAAAUCUUUAAAUCUGGACACAGUAUUUAUAGGUGUUGAAAAAGUCACAGCAGAUAUGAAUGAAAAUGAAGAUAAGGAUGAUGAUGAAGAAAGAAAACCAAUAAAAGCUUUUUUAGAUGUUGGUAUAACAAGAACAACAACAGGUAAUCGUGUUUUUGCUGCUAUGAAAGGAGCAUGUGAUGGAGGAUUAAAUAUUCCUCAUGGAAAUAACAGAUUUCCUGGAUCAAAAAAUGAAUUUAAUCCUGAACAGUUAAGGAAAAAUAUUUUAGGUUUACAUGUAGCCGAAUAUAUGAAAUUAUUACAAGAAGAAGAUAUGGAUAAAUAUAAAGCACAUUUUAAUGAUUAUAUUAAACAUAAAAUUAAUGCAAAUAAUAUUGAACAAAUGUAUAUAACUGCACAUGAACAAAUUAGAAAAAACCCAGAAAAAGUAGUAAAGAAAAAGGACAAAGUUAAAAAGUUUAUGGCCAAAUAUGAAAAGCCCAAAAAGCUUAAUGCGAAAAUUAGAAAGAGAAGAGUUAAAGAAAAGUUGGCUAAAUAUGUGGAAAAGUUGCAGUAA